AUGGCUCCUCCAAAAUCUUCUAGUAGCAAAAAUUCUAAGAAGGCUCAAGAUUUAACUCUUCAUCCUGCGCAUGAUUUGAAGGGACCAAUGACUAUUGGAAACCAACAAUAUGUUCCUGAACCUCCCAAUGAGAGAGAGAAGGAAUGUAUAUAUAAAUCCCAGGUAUUAAUUCCUGUUCUUGUUUCUGGAAUUUGUCACGCUAUGUUAGGUCCACUUCCCAAUCCAGAUAUUAAACCAGAUCUUUUAAAAGAUUUUUUUCCCACCUAUUUCCAUACCAAACCCAUAGGUGCUGGAGUGAAACCUCAACCUCAAAAGAAAACUGUAGAACAAAAUGACCCACAAAGUUCAACUGAUGAUGGAGAGUUGAGUUUAACUUAUUUGAAUUACACUAGGAUCUUCAGAACCUGUCCAUGGUCGAAAGACCCUUCAGACUAUUUAUCUUGGCUAGAUAAAGUUGAAAAAAUUAAAGGAGAUUUCUGGAAGGAAGUAGGUAUUUUUGACCUCAUUCAAUUGUCGAGAGCAGGACCCAACAUUUGCCCCAAUAUGCUUUUAACUUCCCUCUAUUUUUGGGACAGUACCUAUAACACUUUUCACCUUCCUUGUGGGAUGGUUACGCCCACUCUCUUCGACGCAGUAGCCAUCGUUGGCCUUCGCCCUAAUGGGAUAGAUUUCAACCCCACCAACCUAAAUGAAGACACUAUAGCUUUCGACACUAGCUUUGCUCCAUACUCUUUAUUCAUGUCUCAUUAUCAUGACAAGGAUACCACAGAAGUCUCGGAUGUCGAACAUAUAGCCUUUUUGACUCUGUGGCUAUCAAAAUAUGUGUUUUGCCCUCGUUCCCUCCAAGUUGCCAAGAGAUUCAUCACUAUGGCCAAUCAGCUUCACGCAGGAACCAAACUAUGCUUAAGUGAAAUGAUUUUGGCGAAUCUUUAUGAAUUCUUGAGUGAGAGUGUAAAUCUUUUGAAAACCAUCAAAGACCAAGGUAAAAUCCAUUUGUCAGGACCUUUCUGGCUUUUACAAUUAUGGCUCAAUGCCACCUUUGAAGCUUCUCUUCCUGUAGAACAAGAAGUGGACGAAGAACAAGUGAAGGACAAAACUGUCGAAUGGCCUAGGUUGGUGCAACUAACGCCAACUGAUGAAGGAAUUAGCCUUCGACAAGCUUUCAAAAGUUAUGUCAUGAUGUUUGCCAAAAGGUAUCAUUUUACUUCGACCAUGGCACCCUUUGCUAGUAGGAAAAUUGGACCUGAAUGGUUUACCCAACAACUGCCCUUGGAAAUGCAGAAGGAUGAGAAUAUAUUUUUGGAUGUGUGGGAAUCCUUUUUAACCCCCAGGCUCCUUUUUUCCCAUCGUAACACAAUCAAAACCCAAAUAGCUUUGAUAGUCUACCAACCCAAUCUCGUUGCUAGACAGUUCGGCUUGAUCCAAAUAAAGCCUCGACCCAUCUUCCCGAAGAAAGGGUCUAUCAUUUUUUACAACUCCCUUCAUAAUGAAGAGGAAAGCAAAGAGCUGUCGAAGAAGCUGACUGAUGACUCUCUUGAUAUUCGACCAGUGAUCUUUCGACCAUCUUUUCUCUGUACUCUUGAGUUUGAUGAGUGGUGGAAGGAUUAUUAUUCUACCAGAUUUUUUGACGUAACGACUUUCACUACACAUUUAACAAAUGCUUUUGCUUUCGUGCAGGAUCGGACCAAAAAAGCCGUAAAGAUUCCUACCAAGAAAACUUCUGUCGAAGCGUCACCAAGUGCUGCUAAGAAACCUUCGACAAAGGUAAGUCGAAAAGCCCCACCAGUCCAAAAAAGAACGAAAGAAGAGGAGAAAGAAGAAAAGAGAGUUUCCAAUGAAGAAUCUGGUGAUGAAUCUCUAGAGCCAAACCCCCCUCCUCCUCAGAAGAAGAAAAUAAAAAAGGUCUCUUCCCAAAGAUCCAUUGUUAAGUCAGCUAACAAAGAUUCUCCAAGUACUCCAAUUGCCAAACUUCAGUCGAAGGAUACAGAGAGUGGGAAAUCUAGUCUUAAUACUGAGAUUCCUGAGACACAAUUGGAUGUCGAAGGGAACCCUGAGAAAACUCUGGAAAAGACAGUCCAAGAAGAGGAUGUCCCCAAAAAUGACCAUGACAGGCAGACUGUAGCAGAAUUCGACGCUCCAGCAAGUGAAGCUUCUGAAGACGAUUCUCCUCCUCAUCCAGGAUUAAAUGUUGCCAAUAAGGGUGAUGAUACUGACAUGGAGACUGAGGUCGAAGAUGACCAUGAAGAAGAAACUGCUAAAGAUAAGGAUGACCAGUCGAAACAACAAGAUGGUGGGCAAAUUUUAGGACGAAGCACUCAACCCGCUCCCGACCAGACCAAAGGAAGUGCCAUAUCAACUGGUUCGACUGGUUUCUCUCGUGAAGAGCUUGAGAGUCUCAAAGUGCAGAAACCCUUAGAAUAUCUGAAGGCCAUGCUUAGCGCUCGUUUUAAUUUUCAAGAUUCUUCGCAAAGCAGUUCGACUACCUCUGGGACCACUUCUGAAGCGCCAUCUCUCGCCAACGUUUUGACCAAGAUUAAGACGAAAAUCCUUGAUGUUGAUUUGUUCAAAGUUUUAGAAGAAAACGCCCUUGCUCAUAUUAAACUCAAGAAGAUUUUAAAACAAAUAAACGUCUUGGAAACUUCGGUUGAGGUUGGCAACCUUCAUCGUCAAAGAGAUCUCUCCCAGCAAAUCUCCACAAAAUCUGAGACUCAAGCUGCUGAAUGGGAUGCUGUUGCAACUUCGACUGACAAAGUUUCAAAGCUGCAGCAGCUUUCUGAAACUUAUAUCAAAGAAGUUGCUGCGUGUGAUGAUAAUAUCCAGAAAUGGGAGAAGCAAAUAACAGCUCUUCAAGAAAAAAUCUCCCAAGAGAAAAAGCGCAGAGCAUCCAUACAACAACCUAAGCAAAAUGAGAUUGACGACGAACUGAAGUCGAAUUAG